AUUACAAAGAAUUCCAAUGUUGAACUCUAGCAUUUAUUGACACAGGUAUAGCACAAAGUACAUGCUCUCAUGUAGUAACCAAACUUCAUUGACGACACGUUCAUACUAAGUCUCACCCACUUUCCACCAUGUCUGUCCUCAUCACUGGCGCCUCUGGGUAUCUCGGUGGCUCGCUGCUUGCGGAACUGCGCAACACCGUACUUCCAGAGCACAAAGACAUAUACGCCCUUGUCAGAUCUCAAGAUCAAGCGGAAGCUGUGAAGAAGUAUGGCGCACACCCUCUCACCUUCACUCUACAGGACGAGAAGAGCGUUGUCAAGUGCAUCGUAGAUGCGCAGAUCUUCGUCAUAUUCUUCCUUGUCGACGCUGUGAACUCCGAUAUGCAAGUGCCCAUGAUACAAGCUCUUGCAGAAGUCAAGAAGCAGACUGGCCGGGAAGUGCACUUUUUGCACACAAGUGGCGCGAAGAUGUUCAGUGAGCAUGCGGGAAUGCCUAUCGACCGAGCACUUCCUGAUACGGAUCCCGAUCUGUACAAGCUACAAAAGAGCUCCAAGGCUCCGCAUCCACUCUGGACACAGGCAAAGAACACGAACAAUGUCAUCAUCGAAACGGCAGAGAAAUAUGGAGUCCGCAGCUACAUCUUUAUCCCAUGUAUCGUAUACGGCGAAGGCAAGGGUUUUGGUAACAAGAUCUCAAUCCAAACCACGGCUGUGGUCAAAGCCGCGAAGGGCGCCGGCGUCGUGUACGAUGUCAACCCAGAAGGCUGUACUUGGCCCGUAUGCCAUAUCGACGAUAACUCGAAACUCUACGUGGACUUGCUGAAGAGCAUUCUAAGCGACAAGAACCCAAACCAUGGCAAGAAUGGGUACUAUCUUGCUUCCUCCGGAAGUCUGGCCUGGUGCGACAUAUAUACCGCGAUGGCAAAAGCUCUUGCGAAACGCGGAGUAAUCGACAGCCCUGAAGUCAAGAAAGCGGAUGAUGCAGCGCUAGACAAGAUGGCGCAGGCCUUGAGUUGCCCAAAAGAGCUUGUUGCAGUGCAGUUGGGUGGAAAAUGCAGGCUUGAAGCAAAGAGGGCCUACAGCUUAGCUUGGAUGCCAGGCUAUGAGCCGAAGCAUAUUUUGGAGGCGGCAGAUGCAGAGGUAGAGCUUAUCCUGAAGCAUCUAUGAGCAAUCGGGAGCAGAGUAAUCGAAAUUGCGGCAUGGCUUGGCUUAGAAUCGCAGCUGCUUCCCCAUACGAGAUAACUUGGAAGCUUUAAUGUGCUAAUGAACAAGAGAAUGACCACAACAAAGGUCGAUAAUUCGUAUUUCCUAUUGAUACAUGAAACGCCCGUUUCUCGUAGUUCCAGC